AUGCUCUCCCCGGACGCCCCAGAGCGUCGCGAUGCUCUCCCCGGACGCCCCAGAGCGUCGCUAUGUUCUCCCCGCACGCCCCAGAGCGUCGUGAUGCUCUCCCCGAACGCCCUAGAGCGUCGCGAUGCUCUCCCCGAACGCCCCAGAGCGUCGCGAUGCUCUCCCCGGACGCCCCAGAGCGUCGCGAUGCUCUCCCCGGACGCCCCAGAGCGUCGCGAUGCUCUCCCCGGACGCCCCAGAGCGUCGCUAUGCUCUUCCCGGACGCCCCAGAGCGUCGCGAUGCUCUCCCCGGAAGCCCCAAAGCAUCGCGAUGCUCUCCCCAGACGCCCUAGAGCGUCGCGAUGCUCUCCCCGGACGCCCCUGAGCGUCGCGAUGCUCUCACCGGACGCCCCAGAGCGUCGCGAUGCUCUACCAGGACGCCCCAGAGCGUCGCGAUGCUCUCCCCAGCCGCCCCAGAGCAUCGUGAUGCUCUCCCCGGACGCCCCAGAGCGUCGCGAUGCUCUCCCUGGACGCCCCAGAGCGUCGCGAUGCUCUCCCCCGACGCCCAAGAGCGUCGCGAUGCUCUCCCCGGACGCCCCAGAGCGUCGCGAUGCUCUCCCCGGACGCCCCAGAGCGUCGCGAUGCUCUCCCCGGACGCCCCAGAGCGUCGCGAUGCUCUCCCCGGACGCCCCAGAGCAUCGCGAUGCUCUCCCCGGACGCCCCAGAGCAUCGCGAUGCUCUCCCCGGACGCCCCAGAGCAUCGCAAUGCUCUCCCCGGACGCCCCAGAGCGUCGCGAUGCUCUCCCCGGACGCCCCAGAGCGUCGCCACGCUCUCCCCGGACGCCCAAGAGCGUCGCCAUGCUCUCCCCGGACGCCCCAGAGCGUCGCGAUGCUCUCCCCGGACGCCCCAGAGCGUCGCGAUGCUCUCCCCAGACGCCCCAGAGCAUCGCGAUGCUCUCCCCGGACGCCCCAGAGCGUCGCGAUGCUCUCCCCGGACGCCCCAGAGCGUCGCGAUGCUCUCCCCGGACGCCCCAGAGCGUCGCGAUGCUCUCCCCGGACGCCCCAGAGCGUCGCGAUGCUCUCCCCGGACGCCCCAGAGCGUCGCGAUGCUCUCCCCGGACGCCCCAGAGCGUCGCGAUGCUCUCCCCGGACGCCCCAGAGCGUCGCGAUGCUCUCCCCGGACGCCCGAGAGCGUCGCGAUGCUCUACCCGGACGCCCCAGAGCGUCGCGAUGCUCUCCCCAGCCGCCCCAGAGCGUCGUGAUGCUCUCCCCGAACGCCCUAGAGCGUCGCGAUGCUCUCCCCGAACGCCCCAGAGCGUCGCGAUGCUCUCCCCGGACGCCCCAGAGCGUCGCGAUGCUCUCCCCGGACGCCCCAGAGCGUCGCGAUGCUCUCCCCGGACGCCCCAGAGCGUCGCGAUGCUCUCCCCGGACGCCCCAGAGCGUCGCGAUGCUCUCCCCGGACGCCCCAGAGCGUCGCGAUGCUCUCCCCGGACGCCCCAGAGCGUUGCGAUGCUCUCCCUGGACGCCCCAGAGCAUCGCGAUGCUCUCCCCGGACGCCCCAGAGCGUCGCUAUGCUCUCCCCGGACGCCCCAGAGCGUCGCUAUGCUCUCCCCGGACGCCCAAGAGCGUCGCGAUGCUCUCCCCGGACGCCCCAGAGCGCCGCGAUGCUCUCCCCGGACGCCCCAGAGCAUCGCGAUGCUCUCCCCGGACGCCCCAGAGCGUCGCUAUAGCGUCGCGAUGCUCUCCCUGGACGCCCCAGAGCGUCGCGAUGCUCUCCCCCGACGCCCAAGAGCGUCGCGAUGCUCUCCCCGGACGCCCCAGAGCGUCGCGAUGCUCUCCCCGGACGCCCGAGAGCGUCGCGAUGCUCUCCCCGGACGCCCCGGAGCGUCGCUAUGCUCUCCCUGGACGCCCCAGAGCAUCGCGAUGCUCUCCCCGGACGCCCCAGAGCAUCGCAAUGCUCUCCCCGGACGCCCCAGAGCGUCGCGAUGCUCUCCCCGGACGCCCCAGAGCGUCGCGAUGCUCUCCCCGGACGCCCGAGAGCGUCGCGAUGCUCUACCCGGACGCCCCAGAGCGUCGCGAUGCUCUCCCCAGCCGCCCCAGAGCGUCGUGAUGCUCUCCCCGGACGCCCUAGAGCGUCGCGAUGCUCUCCCCGAACGCCCCAGAGCGUCGCGAUGCUCUCCCCGGACGCCCCAGAGCGUCGCGAUGCUCUCCCCGGACGCCCCAGAGCGUCGAUAUGCUCUCCCCGGACGCCCCAGAGCGUCGCGAUGCUCUCCCCAGCCGCCCCAGAGCAUCGUGAUGCUCUCCCCGGACGCCCCAGAGCGUCGCGAUGCUCUCCCCGGACGCCCCAGAGCGUCGCGAUGCUCUCCCCCGACGCCCAAGAGCGUCGCGAUGCUCUCCCCGGACGCCCCAGAGCGUCGCGAUGCUCUCCCCGGACGCCCCAGAGCGUCGCGAUGCUCUCCCCGGACGCCCCAGAGCGUCGCUAUGCUCUCCCUGGACGCCCCAGAGCAUCGCGAUGCUCUCCCCGGACGCCCCAGAGUGUCGCGAUGCUCUCCCUGGACGCCCCAGAGUGUCGCGAUGCUCUCCCCGGACGCCCCAGAGCGUCGCGAUGCUCUCCCCGAACGCCCCAGAGCGUCGCGAUGCUCUCCCCGGACGCCCCAGAGCGUCGUGAUGCUCUCCCCAGCCGCCCCAGAGCAUCGUGAUGCUCUCCCCGGACGCCCCAGAGCGUCGCGAUGCUCUCCCCGGACGCCCCAGAGCGUCGCGAUGCUCUCCCCGGACGCCCCAGAGUGUCGCGAUGCUCUCCCCGGACGCCCCAGAGCGUCGCGAUGCUCUCCCCGGACGCCCCAGAGCGUCGCUAUGCUCUCCCUGGACGCCCCAGAGCAUCGCGAUGCUCUCCCCGGACGCCCCAGAGCAUCGCAAUGCUCUCCCCGGACGCCCCAGAGCGUCGCGAUGCUCUCCCCGGACGCCCCAGAGCGUCGCGAUGCUCUCCCCGGACGCCCGAGAGCGUCGCGAUGCUCUACCCGGACGCCCCAGAGCGUCGCGAUGCUCUCCCCAGCCGCCCCAGAGCGUCGUGAUGCUCUCCCCGGACGCCCUAGAGCGUCGCGAUGCUCUCCCCGAACGCCCCAGAGCGUCGCGAUGCUCUCCCCGGACGCCCCAGAGCGUCGCGAUGCUCUCCCCGGACGCCCCAGAGCAUCGCUAUGCUCUCCCCGGACGCCCCAGAGCGUCGCGAUGCUCUCCCCGGACGCCCCAGAGCAUCGCGAUGCUCUCCCCAGCCGCCCCAGAGCGUCGUGA